UGUACGUACGGUCCACUGUCUCAGCUCGAUAGACGUCAAUCCCCCCAAAAACAAGAACGAAACAAAAGUUUUUGUGUGCAUUAAACACGGGUCGUUUUCCGUUCUGUUGUUUCAAUGGUGCAAGAGUGCUGUGUGUUUCUAUAUUUUUCUCGGUUUUUCCGUUAAAACUUUCUUCCGGCUACCGUGCGAAGGCGGAUGCUGAGUGUGUUUUGCAUGUGUUCUGAGUUGUGAUUCUCUGGCCGAAGUUCUCGCGGUACGGUGUUGCGAACUUGUUUUUCCCUGUGGGCUCGGCGGAAGCCCUAUCCAUCCGUUUCGGUCUCCAGUGGAACAGUUAGUUGUUUGUUCUGUUAGCUCUAAUCCUAGAGCUUUCAGCUGUGGUCUAAAUAUCGUUUAUGGUGUGUGCUCACUGCUGUUUUGCGUGUUUACGUCUGCGAGAAAAACAGAAACUGCUGUGUUCAUAAUUUUUAGGAACAUAUUUUCCUCCUUCUCUCGGCUCUGACACUGUUGUUGUUAUUGUGUUUUUAACGGUGUGUAGGCGACAUUCUUAGCAGCCCGAAAUAAUAGCGAACCGAGUCACGACUGUAAAAAAUUCAACGUGUUGUGAAUUGUGUGCGUGUGUAUCUAGUAGAACCAACUCGUAGAGAAGUUCUCACGAUCCACCGGGAAAAAAGUGCUAAAAGGCGGUAAAGCGAAACACCCAAACAACCGAAACCGAAAAUGGCGGCUUUCAUCGCUAAGCAAAUGGUCGGCAGCCAGCUGAAUGCUGUUAAAGGAGCUGCUGGAGGCGCUGUUGGAGGAGAUGGAGGUGACGAUGAGAAUGACAAAGAGAAGGAGGAGGAAGCCGAGCGCGAACGUCAAGAGGCGAUCCGCGAGGCCGAAGAGCGACGAAAGGAGAAACACCGCAAAAUGGAAGAGGAGCGGGAAAAGAUGCGACAGGAGAUUCGGGACAAGUAUAACAUAAAGAAAAAGGAGGAAGUGGUCGAGCAAGCACCCCAGGAGGAACCCAAUCCGCUGAUGCGGAAAAAGAAGACGCCCGAAGAGCUGGCGGCCGAGGCGGAACAGGAGGAUCUUGACGACUUUACGAAUGGCGACCCGACAAGCGGUAAUAGAAAGUUGAAAAACUCCAUAGAAACGCAGGUGAACGAGAUCAAGACGCAGAUCGAGGGAAAAUGCUCCUUGCAGUGAUUAUGCAUCAUCCGUAUUCAGCAGUAUAUUCAAUAAUAUUAAACCUAAUUUAAAGAAAAAAAAGGAAUAAAAAACCAACAGAAUGCAAAUGUUAUAGAAAACAAAAUAGUACUUAUUUAAAGUAAAAAAGCAUGAAAAAAAAAUAAUUAAAACAUAUUUAAAUGUAAAGUUUUAAAUUGAAAUUCAAAGAAGAAAAAAAAAACAGACAAGCAGAGAGAAGCAUAACGUUUAAGCAGCAUUAGUCACCAUCACCAGUACCACUCAUAACAAUAGCAACCAAAAAAAAGCAACCCAAUAGAUGAAACCCAACAACACAUUAAAAGAAAAAAGCACCGUUUGAAAGAGCAGUGUAAUACACUCGAUCACAUUCACAUGUUCACACUAGUCUACGACGGCUACGAGACGAGGCGAACACACGACGCUCAUCAGGAAGAGAAAUGUCAUCGGAUUCAUCGGAAGAUCACACCCACAUCAACACGCAUACACAUAUAUGUGCAUUGAAAUUGGAAGAAAGAAAAAAAACACAAAAAAAAAACAAACAAAGCGAUAUAUAAUGAUAAACCAGAUGAGAAAAACCAUUGUUAAAUAGGACACCCAGGUGAAUCAAGUUAUUGAAAAAUGUGAUUAUUAUAAAAAAAUGCCCUUUCGAUUUUUCGGCAGUUUUCGUUUGAACUGGCCUCACUGCGACAGCGAAUGUACACGCGGUAGUGCAAGGUCAACCAGUGGAGCAAGUGAGUGAGCACGAAAAACACAAAAGAGAGAACGAGAGAGCGUGGGAGAGAGAAAAAGAAAGUUGACGCGCAUUGUGAUAAGCCACCGCUAGCUAGAGCAGAUGGUCGCUCUCUUCGUUUAGUAAAAUUGAGAAUAGUAAAACAGGUCUUCUUUUUCCCUCUCCUUUUUAACUGUUAUCCAUUGUUUCAGACGGCUGUUUUCAAGCACUGGACGCUUCGAAUAUUUUAAAACGAAAAACACAAUACAACUAGCGAAAUUAGAAACUGAUCACCGGUUUAGCGCUUGAAACUUUGUUGAUUGUUUGAAAAGAAAAAAACUCGCUAGAGAAAUUUAUACCCCAAACAAUGUGUAGGACAAACGUUUCUUAUAUCUAACAACCAGUGCCGAGAUAUUUGAGGAAAAAAAAUCAUGCAGACAAUUUGUUAUCGCAUUAUAUUUGUGUAAAGAGCAAUGAUUAGGACAAUGUUUCGCGAAUAUUUUGUUACCGUUUGACGGCAUUUGACCGGUAAAUACUGUUAGCGAGCAGAUAUAUACAUACACAUAUAAAAAUCCACAAACAAAGAAGCAAUUGUUCAUCCAAAUUCCUCGAUUCCUGUUGACCGAUACGCAUUCGGUGUAAACUUGAUGUUUUUCUACUACUGUUUUCUUUGUAAGUGCGCUUAGCGUAAAUUCGUUCCGUCAAGCCCUCUUGAAAAAAAAUGUGCACACAUACACACACUGUCACUGUCUAUGUAUUUCUCAACUACUGGAAACGAACAUGAAAGCAGUCUGUUUAGCUUACUUUUCCCCUAGAUUUAAUUUAGGCCUAUUGCUUAGAAUGCUGUUUCUAUCUGCGGCUACUUGUGAAGGUGUGAAGAAUUUAGUGUGACACUCCUGUCAGUCCAUCAAAAAUUCUACACAUUUUCGCAACUUCUCACUACGGUCUCUGUGAAGAACAUUGCAAUUUGCAUGAAAGCUGAUUACGCCCAAUAUUUGCUAAUUGAUUGUUAAUCAAACGCGACAAAGCCGGAUCCAUUCGUAUGUUUUCGAUCCGUUGCAGAUGACGUUUUGUGUUGAUGUUUAUGUCGCGUUUAUUGAUGUCGUGUCGCUAUAGUAGUGAAUGUAUUGUAAAUCAAACAAUCCUCUAACAAACCGCAAAACAAAUCAUACCAAAAACAAAUAGUUUACCUGUUCAUGUGAAAUAUGAUGAAACACAAUCGCAGUAACACAGUACGACUAUACAGAAGAAAAAAAAAACACUCAAACGGAAAAUGUUUAUCUCUCUAUCCUAAUGUUAUGUAUCAUUGAUUAGUGAAAAACGAAUGAAAACAUUGAAUGAAAUUAGCGAAAACUCAUACUAUCUAAGCAUUUCCCCUAAGACACUUAAAUUCUCUUCUAACUAUCAAACCAACAACAACAACAAUAACAACGAGCAUUUCAAUUCCGAACAAUCGGCAUACAAACAAUAAUCGCGAAGACCACCCAAAACUAGUGUUUUCUCCAAAGUCGCGAAAUUUUUCCGUUUCCAACUUCAGGAGAGAAAAGAAAAAUUCAUCAACGGAUCCCCGCUCAAGUAGGCUUCACACGAAUGUACGGCUAUGCGCCGGCAACGCGGAGGAUACACACGGACACAUCCACUCAAAAUUGAAUGUAAACCAGAAAAAAAGUUAUAAUAAUUAUGGUAUUCACUGUUUAUCAUCGGAAUUUCGCGGUCCCACGAAUGCAAUAACAGAAAUGAAAGCCGACAAAAAAAAAUGGAACAAAACAACGUUUGUUUAUAAUUGUUGAAGAGAAUAAUUGAAAAGUUACACAUUAAAAAUAAAACACAAAAAACUGUUGAAAACUCUGUUUUAUUUGUUUCCAAACUCUGUUCACCAUUCAGCAGACACACGCCACAUCCAUCAGUCAGUCACCACUCCACUCACGCCACGCCAACUAUAGAACCCAUCGAAAACGCAUCACCGACGCAGCUGUCAAAAUAUUAGAAAAACAAAUUGCCAACCCUGCCCGGGGAAGAGAACCAGCCCUGCUGGAAACUCCCACCCGGUGAUUUGCCUUUAGGGCCCACAACACCGCGCAUGCAUGAAAUGGGGGAGUAAAAGUGUUACAGUAGCAAACGAGUGAAACAAUGAACAGUCAAAAACAAUAUAUACGUCAAUUAUGUAUUAUCAUGAAACUUACAGACAGAAAAGAAAUGAAAAUAUAUCUAUACAUAUAUACAUAUUUAAUUAUUGAAAAUAACAAAGCAGCCCGUGGGAGCAAACGCUAGAGGAAAGCAAACGAACGGAACGAAAAGAAAACAAAAGAUUUCGAAAAAUUGAAACUUUCAGAACGAUCGGAGUGCCAUCUUUAGUAGAAGAGGUUGGUACAUACCCCCUGCACUAACUAUAAAAACUAUAUAUCGAUUGCCAGCCGGCAUGUAGAUACACACUAGCGAAGGCAUUAGUAAAUUUGAUGGACAGACCACUACUCGCUGUCCACCAUUUUGUUCCCAUGUACUCUGGAACUGUUUUUCAGUCAUAAUUAAGCUGUCAAAAGUUAAUUUUUUUCCGGGAAUGUUCGAUAAAAAUAGCACGUUAUCAAGACAUUAGGAACAGUAGCAAAAAAAGGCAAAUUGACAUUCUGGAGUGGUCAAAAUCGAACACUAUUUUUUUCUGUUUCAUUUUCAAGCUACUCUACUGUACACAUUCUAAGCUAAACCUAACCAAGAAUCGUUACUUUUUUCCUCCCAGUUUCUAUUCUCUUCUCAAGCAUAUGAAAUAUCCUCCCGUUCAAUGCUGCUAUAUUUAACCUCAUGCUAAACUAGGCUAACAAACAAAAAAAAAACAUAACGAAUACUCGAAAGCUUUGCAUCUUAUAUUCACAAAACUAACUCUCGAACUGUUUCUUCUGCAGAACCAUUACAUAUACCUAACCUAAAGCCUAACAGAGCAAACCCAAAAGCGGGGUUUCGAUGAGGUUCGAUUUAAAUAAACGAAACUUUCGUUGCAUUAGCAGCAGACAGAAAAAUAAACUGCAUAUUAGUAAACUAGUAAUGUUGCAUAAGCAAAGCGUAGAAUCAGCAGAAACAAAACAAGACAAGAAAAAAAAACAAAUAGAUUACACACGAAUACUGAAAACAAAGCAAAGGAAAAAACCGUAUCUAAAAUCAGAUUAAAACCAGAAGGAAACAAAUAAACCAAAGCCCACUUCGAUGUU